UAGUAUUCAACUAAGUUAUAGUUAUAGGUUCUCGUACAAAAUUACAAUAUAUUACAUAUGUAUAUAUAAUAUAUAUUACAUUCAUAUUAUUAUCCAUGAAAAGAAAAACAAUAGAAAAAGAAUUUGGACGGAAGAAUCUCUAAUCUAGAAGUAGCCAAUCAAAUUCAUCCACCGCACCUCCCAAAAUCUCCCUUCCUUCAAUUCUCAUCCUCACAAUCUAUAUCUCUCUUCUCGACCAAAUUAUAUGAUCCUCUCGUAUCCUCCCCUCAAUUAUCCACUCCAAAUCUCCCACACAACAAUUUCACACCUCCAAUGGCCGCCGCCUCCUCCUCCGCCGUCUUCGUCGCCCCAACCUUCUCGGCUACCGCCACGAGGCAGCAGCCCAGCCCCACCACCAUAUCGUUCCAAGGCCUCCGUGCGCUCCCCAGCGUGAAAUCGAGCCGGUCGAUUGUUGCGACAAAGACCCGGAGAUCGAUGACGGUGAAGGCGGAACUGAAUCCAUCUCUAGUGAUAAGCCUAAGCACAGGGCUGUCCUUGUUCUUAGGGAGGUUUGUGUUCUUCAAUUUCCAAAGGGAGAAUGUGAGCAAGCAAGUGCCAGAGCAAAAUGGGUUAACCCAUUUUGAGGCUGGUGAUGUUAGGGCUAAAGAAUAUGUUAGCCUCUUGAAAUCUAAUGAUCCUGUUGGGUUUAAUAUUGUCGAUGUUCUUGCUUGGGGUUCAAUUGGUCAUAUUGUUGCUUAUUAUAUCUUGGCUACUUCUAGCAAUGGAUAUGAUCCUAAGUUCUUCUAGUUGUUGUUGUUAUUACUGUGGCUUUGUAUAGCUAAAUCCAUCAUUUAUUGCUUUUGAAAAACUUUGUUUUUGUAUCUUUCUCUAAUGGGGUUUUUGUGGAAUGAUAUUGGGAAAAUGGGAAGAUGGGGUUGUGAGUUAUGUUGUCUACUGAUUAUUAUUGCAAAUGUAACUUUUUUGUUUUGGAUGAUGAACUCACAAUAUGCCUGUAGAAUUGUUACAUGGAUGUAUUAAUUAAUUACAUGAACUCUUUACAAUAA